AUGACUGAUACCCCUCUCAAGGUAGCUAUCCUUAUCGUCUCGACGACGGCUUCGAAGGAUCCUUCGACAGAUAAGUCUGAGCUUGUCUUAAAAGACGUUAUUGAACGGGAAGGGGGAGGCAACUGGAUAGUAUCCGACAGCAAGAUUGUGCAAGAUCAUGUUCCGCAGAUCCAGCGCCAGAUCAUGCUGUGGGCAGAUGUUGGGCCAGAAGACGGAGUCAACUUGAUCCUCACCACAGGCGGUACUGGCUUCGCUGUAUCAGACAGCACUCCGGAGGCUGUCGGCGCUCUCCUUCACAAACCUGCGCCUGGUCUUGUCCACGGGAUGCUCGCCGCCUCGCUUGCAGUCACUCCAUUUGCCAUGAUGUCCAGACCAGUAGCAGGCGUCAGAAACAACACAGUCAUUGUUACAUUGCCAGGCUCUCCCAAGGGAGCAAAGGAGAAUCUUCAAGCCAUUCUGAAGACGUUGCCUCAUGCCUGCGUCCAAGCUGCCGGGGCUGACUCUAGAGCACUCCACCAAGGCGGCGUGAAGAAGCUUGAGUCCGACGCUGGCAUCGGUGGUCAGGGUGCAACCUCGGCAGCUGCACCCAAGCCUCAGAAAGAACAUCACCACUCCCACGCCCAUGCCCACAGCCAUGACCAUAAGCAUGGCCACGGCCACAGUCAUGGACAUGGACAUGGAGGGCUUGUAAGACACACUAAGCCUGAAGACAACCCGUUGUCGAAUGAUCCGAGCUUGGGCCCCUCUCGCAGGUACAGAGAAUCGCCUUACCCUAUGCUGGAAGUAGAUGAUGCUCUGCGACUCAUAAAUGACUUUACCCCUGACGCUGAAAUUGUCACAUCAAAGGUCAACGUGAACGUUGUGAACUCAGUUCUAGCAGAGGAUGUUACUGCCAGAGAAAGCGUACCCGCAUUCCGCGCAAGCAUAGUCGAUGGAUACGCCGUCGUCGUGCCAAAGGAUGGCAACAUGAAGGGCGUCUUCCCCGUCACCGCUGUAUCUCACGCUGCUCCAGGUGAAGCCAAGACCUUGAAGGAAGGAGAGAUCGCCAGAAUUACAACUGGAGCUCCGCUACCCCCGGGAGCUACUUCCGUUAUUAUGGUGGAGGACACUAUUCUCAAGUCCAAGACCGACGACGACAAAGAAGAGAAGGAAGUUGAAAUCUUAGCUGAGGGUGUCAAGCCUGGCGAAAACAUCAGGGAGGUUGGCAGCGACAUACAAGAAGGUAGCGUCAUCCUCAAGAAGGGCGAGCAAAUCUCUGGUGUUGGCGGCGAGAUUGGCCUUCUGGCAGCUGUUGGUGUCGCUGAGGUCAAGACCUACAAGCGGCCUGUCGUUGGCAUACUCUCUACAGGCGACGAAAUCAUUGAGCCGGACAGGCCUGGCGGUCUGCGUCUGGGCGAAGUUAGAGACACUAACCGCAUCACGCUCAUGUCUGCCGCCCGGCAGUGGGGUUUCGAGGUCAUCGACCUUGGUAUUGCUCGCGACAAGCCGGGCUCUCUGGAGGAAAACCUGCGCGAAGGGCUGCGCCGUAGCGACCUGCUUAUUACCACGGGCGGUGUCUCAAUGGGUGAGCUUGACCUUCUCAAGCCUACCAUCGAGCGCUCCCUAGGCGGGACGAUCCACUUCGGCCGUGUGGCCAUGAAGCCAGGCAAGCCGACUACCUUCGCCACCGUGCCAGUCAAGACGACGCUUGGCGACCGCGUCACUAAGACCGUCUUCUCCCUGCCAGGUAACCCGGCUUCGGCUUUGGUUACUUUCCACCUUUUCGUCCUACCAGCGCUCCACAAGCUCUCCGGAAUUGUGCCAGCGGGUCUGCCCAAGGUCCCCGCGACGCUGGCUCAUGAUUUCUCCCUGGACAAGGUGCGGCCGGAAUACCAUCGUGCGAUUGUGACGGUUGGUAAGGACGGCGUCCUGUCUGCCAGUAGCACCGGUGGCCAGAGAAGCUCCAAGGUCGGAAGUCUGCGGUCUGCUAAUGCACUGCUUGCAUUGCCAAAGGGACCAGAGCCCUUGAAGAAGGGAACCAAGGUCGAGGCUUUACUUAUGGGUGACGUGCGGGUGGAGUACUAA